UAAUGAGGACAUGCAGGUGGGAAUUUGUUCACCUGACCGCAUUGCAAUUCCACAGGAGAACUUCUUACAAGACAUGUCUUUAAAUUACAUCAAGAACUUCUAUGAAGGAUGUCUUAGGCCUCCAACUGUGAUUGGUCAAUUCCACACCCUCUUCUUUGGCUCUGUGCGAAUGUUCUUCCUUGGCGUUUUGGGCUUUGCAGUUUAUGGAAACGAAGCCUUACACUUCAGUUGUGAACCAGACAGGAGGGAAGUGAAUCUGUUGUGUUACAAUCAAUUCAGACCUAUAACCCCACAGGUAUUCUGGGCUCUACAGCUAGUGACCAUACUGGUACCUGGAGCCAUUUUCCAUCUUUAUGCUGCAUGUAAAAGCGUCGCUCAGGAAGAUAUCCUCCAAAGGCCUGCCUACACCGUUUUUUAUAUUCUCUCUGUUCUGUUAAGGAUCAUCCUUGAAGUUGUGGCUUUUUGGCUUCAGAGUCAACUCUUUGGUUUCCAAGUGAACCCACUCUACAGAUGUGAUGCAGCAGCCCUUGAUAAAAAGUUUAAUAUUACCAGAUGCAUGGUACCAGAACACUUUGAAAAGACUAUCUUCCUUAUUGCUAUGUACACAUUUACGGUGAUUACAAUUUUAUUGUGUAUUGCAGAGAUUUUUGAGAUCUUAUGUAGAAGGCUGGGUUUCUUGAACAGCCAGUAACUUUAUUGUCAUAAUGAACUGCUCCUAUUCAACUAAUCACUAUUCCAAUUUUAUACAAUGGAUUUCUCAGUUUGGAACAGAGAUGACAUCUUUAAAUAUUUGCAGAUUUCUACAGGCAGUUCUCUUUUAUCUUCUAUUUUAAAACCACUACUAAUGAAAACAUAUAAGAGGCCUCCUGAUCAGUAGCAUAUUUAUGAGUUCAAUGGGGCUUAUCCAGUGGUGAGAUUCAGCAGGUUCGCACCACUUCAGCAGAAUUGGUUGUUAAAAUGCUGCUUGUAAACAACCAGUUGUUAAAUUAUUUGAAUUCUACCACUGGGCUUAUCCUCUGGCUGUCAUUGUAAAAGUACUUCCUUGGGAUCAAGACUCAAUGAACUCAUUGGAAUUUCCAAGUACAUGUGCACGAGCUCUAAGCUAUUGGAUUUGAUCUGGUUGAACUCAGUGGGACAUAAUUCUGAAUACAAAUGUUUUGCAAUGUAUCAUAAGAGUACAAAAUAAGAAGACUACCUAAAUGGAUGGAAUGUACUAGGUCAAGCAACAAUCCAACCUCCCAAAUAAUUUGCAUUGAAUUGGUUAGCAAAAUGUAUGUCACAGACUUGUAUGUCACAAAAUGUAUGACACAGAAAGCCAGUGUUUUCUCACAAUUGGUUAAAUUAAUUUUAGUACUCAAAUGGUAUAAGCACAAAUAUUUUCCCCAUAAAAAUCCUAGCCUCUUAGGAAUUACAACUUAGGAUCAAAGACAAGCAGAAUAGCAAUGGAUACACUACUUAGGGACUAGUAUCAUGUUUGAGUAGACUAAAAAUGUUGCCCUUUGAGUGCUCAACAAUUGCUACAUCUCUUCAGAAGAAGCACAGCUUGAAGAACAUAAGAUUACUGUGUGCAACACAUGAAUAACAUAUGUACACUUACUGUACAAAAAUGUUUGUGCAAACAAAUACAGGGUAUAUUCUUUUGUAGUCUUAUUUACCAUCAUGCCUUGCCAAUGAAAACAGUAUUUUCAUUUUUUCUAAUUGUUUGGAUGCAGUCCUAAGAUACUGGAGCUGUCAUGGUGUAAGGAUACUAAACAUGUGAUACUAUGCACGUGUAUCUCAGAGUAAGUUCCAUUGAAUUCUCCCCUCUCCACCAAAAUAUGCUCAGCUACAAUUUUGAAAUCACUUAGAGUGCCAUCCAAAACAGAAUUAAUUUUUUAAAAAAUCAGUGGACUCAGAAGAGUAACUCUGGCUGUUUCCACACA